AUGACAGAAUCAAUGUACGAACCACAUCAUCAUCAUCUACAAUCAAAUGGAAAUGAAGAUAAUGUAUUGAUAAAAGAGACAAUACUCGAACAUGAUAUAUCUCCUAGAAAUUCAAGAGCAACAAUUCACUGGAGACCUGAUCUAGAAGAUGACAUAAAUAACAAACAACCAAUUAAUACAGAUACUGAGCAUUUUGAUGCAUUAUUUGCACGUUCGAAUGCUUCACCAUUACCACCACCACAUCCUCGUUGUUAUAGUUCAUGUUCACCUUCUACUGUUCCAUUUCAAUUAUUUAUUGAUAAAUCAGUACAUAAUUAUGCAAAAUCUCAACCACAUUUAACAUUAUCAUCAUCAUCUCAUUCAACUAAACAUUAUGAUGGUCGUCGACAAUCAAUGGUAUCAUCAACAAAAAAUCCACAAUCAAAUUCAGUACAAAUAAGAAGAAAAACAUUUUUUUUAACUCAUGGUGCACAAGCAUUUCUUCAAACAUCAAAUUCUCAAAGCGAACAGUUGGAACCAUUAGCACGAUCAUGUUCUUAUAAACGUCCUCAAUCGAUAAAAAAAUAUCGACAACAAAAGCAAGAAAAAGAAAAAGAAAAAGAAAAAGAAAAAGAAAAGGAACAAAAAGAAAAAGAACAGAAAGAAUAUAUUUCUUCGCGCAAAUAUAGCACAUAUAACAAUAACAAUCUUCACACAGUUGCUUUCUAUUCUGGUCGGAAAUCGAUUACUUGUGCACCAUCAAGAAUUUCUGCAACUGAUCUUAUGGCAGCAGAUGAUCCACAUGAUCAAUGGUCAAGUCCCAAAGCACAACGUUCAGGACGAGUUGGUUCUUUGCCACUUGAUCAAUUACAAAUACCUCAUGAUAUUGAUGAAGAAAUCUAUCGUGUAAGACAAUUUAAUACAACACCAAAAGGUUUUGUUAAUCGCGGUGAUUCAUUUAAACGUUCAUUUAAACGAAGUGGUUCAAUAAGUCGUCGAAGUUCAUUUCGUAAAACAGAAGGUACACCAUCACAAGAACAUCUUAAUGAUAAUAUUUUAUUAAAUAAUGAAAUACGUACAAGUAAUAAUUCAUUAACAAAUUCUAAAUCGAUAUCAACUGUACCUAAUCUCAAUGAAAUACGUGAUACUAAUUAUAUUGAUUCAAAUAUUGAAAAUAUUUCAUCAUCACCAAUUAUUAAUAAUAAUAAUGAUGAUGAUAUUGAUGAUGAUGAUGAUAAUCCACAUGUUGAACGUAUUGAAACUGAAGAUGGUCGUGUACAAGAUAUACGUAUUUAUCAAGUUUAUUUACUUGGUAUGAGUGGAACAGGAAAAUGUUCACUUUUAAGACAAUUUAAAACAACUGAAUAUAGAGGAAUUUAUGAUUAUUCAAGUUCAGUUGAGGAUGAUCCUGAUAAUACAGUUUCAAUAAUGCUUGAUGGUAUUGAAUCUCGUUUACAUAUUAUUAAUAUUGAUGUUGAUCUUAUAAAAUGUAGUGUUACUGGUGAUGCAUAUAUAGUCGUAUAUUCAAUAACUGAUCGUCAAUCAUUUCAAACAGCAAUUCAAUUAAUAAAAAAUAUUCGUGAAAAAGAAUUAUCAAAUAAUGAAAAAACAAUAAAACGUUAUAUACCAAUUAUUUUAGUUGGAAAUAAAUCAGAUCUUGUACGAAAACGUGCUGUAACAAAAGAAACUGCUCGUAAUGCAGCAUUUCGAUAUGAUUGUAAAUUUGUUGAAACAUCAGUAGCAAUUAAUGAUAAAGUUGAUGAUUUACUUGCUGGUACAUUAAAACAAAUUCGUAUAAGUGAACAACAACGUUUUGAAGAACGACGACGUUUAACUAUAUCAAAUGGUACAACAGAUGUUAAUGAUAAUGAAAAUGAUAAAUUAACUGGUUCAUCAAUGCGAAAAAGUUCAACUGUACCUAAUCAAAGUUCUAAAAAUAUUUUUUCGAAAUUUUUAAAUGUUUUUCGACGAAAACCAUCAAGAUUACCAGUUGAUGUAGAAAAUUUAUAUGCAGGUAUUCGAUAA